AUGAGAAUUAUCACAAUUAAAAAGAGUGGAAAUCCUAUUUUGUAAAUAAAGAAGCAGAUAAAAAAAAUACUCAAGCAUACAAAUUUUGAUGGAUAUUCAAAAUAACCUAUUAAUUAAUAAAAAAUCAUUAAAACUGAAUUGUCAUAGGCCUUGAAUAGGCAAUCUUUAGAUUCCGUAAUUCAAAGUAAGCACUCGAAAUAACAUGAAAUUCUACCUGAUGUGUUUGAAUAAUUUAAAAUUUUGAACCACACACUACUUGAAUAUUGCUUUGUAGAAUAAUAUCUUCCUGAGAUGAAAAGAAUUUUAUAAAAAGAUAUACUAAGUAAAUAUGCUAGUGUAGCAGACUGUAUAAACAAGGUAACUGAAAAAGAAUUUUUAGAAGAAGGUUUAAAAGUCUUUUUUGACUCUCUCAAUAAAGUCAAUCAAAUAGUCUAAAAUAAGUAUGAUGAAAUUGUAGAGUUGUGCAGAAAGGGACAUAAAGAUACUUUAAAAUCAGUUUAAUAAAUGCUAAAUAUUUUGAGUUCAGUAAAUUCAUUUUUGGGCAAAAAGCUGAAACAUGUGAAAUUUUCUUUAAAUUAAAAACUGGAAUGUACCUUCGAAUUCAUAAUUUAAUCAAAUCUUAGGAGAAUUUCUCUCAUGUUAGAUGAUUUUGUGUACUUUAAAGAAAUACAGCAAGUGUUAUUACUGGAAAACCGAAAUUAAUCUCUAAGAAUAGAAUAUUACUAAUACUAUGAAUAAAAAUUACUUGAGUCUAAAUAAGCAAAAAUCCUACCCUGUAUUAUCGAAAAAAGUAAAAAAAAAGACAUUUCAAAUUAAUAAUUGUUAGAGCAAAAUGAAAAGCGAUUUUAAUAGAACCAAAAUCUUUAAUCUAAAAAUUUGCAAGUAAAUAGAAGUAAUAAUAUGUAAAUUAAAUUUAGUGGUAAUUAAUAGAACACUUUCUAUCUAACUGGCAAUUAAGUAAAUAAAGUGUAAAAUAAAGUCAAUUUACAGCACUUUUCAGCUCUAUAUUUACAAAUGUAGUAGCAAGAUCAUGAAAAUCAGGGAAAAUAAUAAAUGGAAACAUUUGAAGAUAAAGACAAUAAAUUAAAAUAGAGCUUUAAUACAAAUAUGAAUUCAAGCACAAUUUCUACAAAUUUUAAUUAAAUAAAAGAGUUUGAGCCUUAGAUAUUCACAAAAAGCCAGAACUUGAAAUUGUAAACUGAUUUUGAUGAAUUACAAUAGGAAUAACAAGAAAAAAUUAAUGAAGUAACAAUUACUCAAAAUCAAUAAGGUUAAACUUACUGUAAAAAGCUCAAUACUCUUGAUAGUACUACUAAGUAAAAGGACUUAAAAAUUGGAGAUAAGAAUUAUUAGCUUUAGCAAAAUCCGCCAUCAAAAUAACUAAAAAUAGUUAAUCCUUAGGUGAUAAAUUUAAAUAACCUUCUAGAUAAUGAAAAAGUUGACUGUUAAGAAAAAGACCAUUUAAUUAAUUUAGAUAAGUCAAGCAAGCCUAAAAGUACUAUUUCCAAAAAAUACAGCUUAUAAGAAAGUAUAAAAACUAAAAAAAUAGAUGAAAACACCUCAAAUCUAAUAUAAACAGUCUAAAAAGAAAAUGAUAAUAUCAAUUUUUAAAAAAAUCAUAGCUCAGUAGAAGAGGAAAUCUAAAACAUAAGUUUUGAAGAAAAGUUAUUCAAACAAAAUGAAGAGAAUAAUAAAAAAAUUUUACUUGAAUUUCAAAAACAUUAAAGGGAAAAAAUACUAUAAAAGUAAUUAAAAAUUAUAACUUAGUUCAAAAAAUUUAGGCAGUUAAAGAAAAUUGAAGAAAAAAAAUGUUAACAAGAAUAAAUAGAGGAAGAUAUCAGUGAAUUUUAAGAAGAAUUCACAGACAGCUGCUUCAAAGUUGGAGGUGUAUUGUUUUCGUUGCAAACAUAAUUUGUGGGAAAAAUACAUACAGUAUCAAUCAACGAAUUAGUUUUUUUUAAUUCUUGUAAUCACAUGAGUAUCUCUUGUGAUAUGAAAGCGUAUAUUACAAAACUAAAUAACUUUUUUUUACUAGAUGAAUUUACCAAGGUUAAAGAAAACAGCCAGUAAGUUGAUGAAUAAAAAAUACUAAAGGAUAAUUUGAUAGAAAAAAUAGAUUUUGGGGAGGAAUCUAUUUCUUAAGUCAGUUUUAUCACUUCUAAAUCUUUAUUAAUUUUUUUGAAUAAUAAUAAUUAAUUAGUAGUCUGUAAAUACUCUGAAUAAGAAUAGUAAAUUACCUUAGAAUAAAUUAUAAAAAACUAGUAGUACUUGGCCAUUGACUGUUGGAGUUAUUUAAGUACAUUAGACAUAAUCGUAACAGAUGGCCAUAACAAGCUCUUAUUUUGGUAGUACAAAUUGAAAGAUAAAGAUUUUUGUCAAAGUGAAGAAAAUUUUCACAAUAUUGUUUAAGAAAAUCCUGUAUAUACAAUAGAUCACAUUCUUAGUGACACUGAUCUUUGCUUUUAUGAAGAAAAAAGUAUUCUUUUCUAGGCAGGCUUUAAAAGCAUAAAUUCAUAUCUUGUUAAAAUUAAUGAUGAGACUAGUAAAAUAACCCAUUAAUUUCUCUAGACUUUAAAUUGUUAAACUUUAGGUCAUAUAAAUUCUAUCUAAAUUGUAAAAAGAAACUAAUUUUUACAUUUUCUGCUCAGCUUACACUGCAAAAAUAAAAUAAUUUUGUGGAACAUACAUCAUCUCACUUAGUAAUAUGUUUACUCAAUCAGUUUAUCUGAUUAAAUUAAUUAAAUAAUAUUUAAUCCAAAGAUUAAUUCAUUUUUCGUUCUUAUUGAUAAUAAUUUCUCUUCUGAUGUUGUAAUACUAGAUUAAAAUUUGCAAAAUGUCAAUUUUCCUAAAAAUCACUAAUAACUCAAAUCCUAAAAUUGUAAAAUUACUAAAUUAUCACUAUCUCCUGAAAUGAAUAAGUUGUCAAUAGGCUAUGAAAAUGGCUUUUUACAGUUUGUUGAGAUUAUAAACCCAUCAAGAUGA